AUGAUGACCGGUGGCGAAUCUGGCGAUGAUAAAGACACGAAGCAAAAAGAAGAUGUGGAGAAAAGAAAUCAGGAGAUUCGUGCCAGUAUUCUAGCACAAAUUCUCGAUCAAGAUGCAAGAGCACGUUUGAAUACCAUUGCGAUCACAAAGCCAGAAAAAGCUAAAAUGGUUGAAAACAUGCUCAUCAACAUGGCUCAAACUGGACGUCUUGGACCAAAGCUGAAUGAAGAGCAGUUAAAACAAAUUCUCCUGCAGGUCUCUUCGGGUACUCAGAAAUCUACCACAGUAAAGUUUGAUCGUCGUCGCGCAGCUAUCGAUUCAGACGAGGAUUCACUUUAA